AUGCUCCCCACCGCCAGACAGCUCCUCGCUCGGCCGCGCCUUGGUCUUGUUACUUCAUCCUUGCACCUUGCAACUGGCCGCAGCGGCCGGUUUCUUUCCACCCUCGCCAUCCUCGAGCAACGGGAUGGCCAGCUGAACGCAGGUUCCCUGAGUGCUCUGACAGCCGCUGCAAAGCUCGGUGGCACCGUUCACGGCUUCAUCGCUGGAAGCAAGGCGUCUGCCGCCGCCGAACAGGCCGCCAAGGUCGGCGGCGUCGAACAAAUCAUCACGGUGGAUAACGAAGCCUAUGAAAAGGGACUUGCCGAAAAUUAUGCGCCUCUGCUGGUGGAGAACAUAAAAAAGGGCAGCUAUACACAUGUCAUCACCGGCCAUACGGCGUUUGGCAAAAAUGUCGCCCCCAGGCUUGCGGCCCUCCUAGAUUCCCAGCAAAUCUCUGAUGUCACGUCGAUUGAAGACGAAAAAACCUUUGUUCGGCCCAUCUAUGCCGGCAACGCCAUUGCCACCGUCGAGUCGUCCGAUGCCGUCAAAAUCCUCACCAUCCGCGGCACAGCUUUUGCGCCCGCCGUUCCCGAUUCCGGAAAGGCGUCCAUCGUCCAAGGCGUCGACCCCAAGGCCGGAUCGACGAGCGAGUGGGUGUCGGAGAAUCUCGCGAAAUCGGACCGUCCCGAUCUCGCGACGGCCAGCAAGGUCGUUUCGGGCGGACGUGGCCUGAAGUCCAAGGAAGAUUUUGACAAGGUCAUGCUGCCUCUCGCAGAUGCUUUAGGCGCAGCCGUCGGCGCGUCGCGAGCCGCUGUAGACAGCGGUUAUGCCGACAACAGCCUCCAGGUGGGCCAAACAGGCAAGGUGGUGGCCCCUCAGCUGUACAUGGCCGUCGGCAUUUCGGGCGCCAUCCAACAUCUGGCGGGCAUGAAGGAUAGCAAGGUCAUUGCGGCCAUCAACAAGGACGCCGAUGCGCCGAUAUUCCAGGUGGCCGAUGUGGGUCUCGUUGGCGACCUCUUCGCCAACGUGCCAGAGUUGACAGAAAAGGUCAAGGCCGGUCAAUGA